AUGAUUUCCAAAAUUAGGUACUACUUUAUUCUGAUAUGCAUAUUCUUAAUUGUUUGCGAACUCCCAUAUAAUUCAAAAUGUGAAUCAUCUGAGUCUGAAGAGCUUCCUACAGGAGAUGAUGAGUUUGGAGAGGUUGACAGUGGAAUUGUAUCACAAAAGGAAUUCAGAAAAGUAAUGUUAGCCAAUUCAAAUGAUGCAAAGGUGGUCGUGCAAUCUGAUUCCAAAUCUGGAGAAAGCAAGCUGGAGAGCAACGAACCCAACAAUAAUAAAACUAACGAAUUCAAAUCUGAACAAACCAAACCUGAAGAAACCAAAUCUGAGGAAGUUAGUCCUGAAGAAACCAAAGAAGAAGAGACUAAGCCGGUGGGAGCUAAACUCCAGAGAAAUGAUUCUGAAGAGUUAAGCCAAGUUAAUAAUAAAUUCGAGGAAAAUAAAUCCGAUGAGAAUAAAAAUGUUGAGUCAAAACCACUUAACUCUAUUGAAAGUUAUAAAGAGAAUGAAAAUGAUUUAAAUGAUGGCUCAAAAAAAGAAAAUACAGCUGAUGGAGAUAAUCAAAAAAAUUCAAUGGAAGAUAAUUCUACCAAAAAUUUAGAUUCUGAAGAUGAGGCAAAUAAUAAGGAUUCUUCAAGUUCAGAGGUUGCUCAGGAAGAAGAAUUGGCAUCUGAGUCUACUGAAAAUCUGAAUGAUCAGUCAGGUGAUAACAAAGAAAAUAUGAAUGGGAAAAAUUCAGAUGAAAAGGAGGAGGAUAAGCUUCAAUCAACAAAUAAGAUGGAUGAAAAACAAUUGGCUGCAGAUGUUAUUGAUAAAUCCAAUAUUGAUGAUACUAAAAAUGAUUCAAAAAUUUCUGAUGUAUCAACAGAUAAUUCAAAAAAAGAUGAUGACUUAGAAAAUAAAGUAAAAAGUGAUAAUAAGUUAGAAGAAAAUGUUGAAAAGGCCAUACAAGAAAUGAAGGAUAAGUUGGGUGCCAAUUCAGAAGAUGAAACAAUAAAAAGAGUUGACGAUAGAUUUAUCGUGAUUGUUAAGAAAUUAAAACAGAAAACUAACGAAAUUCCAACUAAUACAAAAGACGCGGAAGUGAGAGCCUAUAAUAAAAAUGAAAUUAAUCUUUCUUAUGGCAAAAAUGAAGAAGAAAAAUCACUGCCUGAAGAAAAGCCAUCAUCUGAGGAAAAAUCAUCGCCGAAAGAAAAGUUAUCAUCUGAAGAAAAACCAUCACCUCACGAAAAUCCAUCAACUGAGGAAAAAUUAUCACUCGAAAAAAAGUCAUCAUCGGAGGAAAAAUCAUUAUCCAAGGAAAAGCCAUCGUCCGAGGAAAAUAAAACAGAAUCAGUUAAUCAAGCUGAGGAAAAAAAAAUUGCAGAAGCAAAUAGAAUUGAUAAAGAAGAAGCUGAAACAGAAAGUCGAGAAGAAAAAUCUAACAAAGAAUUAAUAGAAAAGUUAAAAUCUUUAUCUGCUGAUAAUAAAAAGGAAGAAGAACCAGCCAACCAAAAAAUUAAAAAGAUCAAUAACUUAUUAGAAAUUGGUGAAAGUGAUGAGAAAAUGGAAAGACUAAUUCAAGAAAAGAAGGACUAUGAUGCUAAAAAACAAGAAAAACAAAAGUUACCACUCCAAAAAAAGAAAAAAUGGUAUGAGAAGAGAGAUCCAAUUACAGGAGAAUUGUUGUUUGAUGCAGCAGCACUAUCUAGAAACAUUACAUCAACUAUUACAGCCAAAAGAAGAAAGGGAAUGUUCAGCAAGUGUGUUCAGUUUCAUGGCCAAAAAGAAAACUGUGAAUCUUCAAAGAACUGCUUCUAUGACUCAGUCUAUGAAAUGUGUUUGUUCGAUUGUAGUUUAUUAAAUAAAAAAGAUGCAUGUGAAGAGUAUUUAGAAUGUAGAUUUGAUUUUAUUGUUCCGAGAAAAGCCUGCGUAAAUGAUUGUUUCCAAAGUAGGAAUUUUGCAAAGCAAGAAAUAAAUGGAAUAAUGAGAGGUUGUAUGUGGUGUAGACAAGAAGUUAUGUGUAACACACUUUCCAGUUUACAAAAGAAGAAGUUCCCGGAGGUAAAUAAUAGAGAAUUCGAUUGUAACUGGCAACUACAAAAUGGUUUGGAAAAUGACGAAAAUACUGAAAAUUCACUAUGUGUUGACAGGAAUUUAGGGAGAUCUAUGACAGAUAAGGAUUUGGUUGCAGCAACAUACAUUUCAUCUCAAACUAAACUAGUGCAUGAAGCAGCAGAAAAAAUCAAAGACCAAAUGGUUAAUAAUGGUGAAACUGAAGAGAGUGCAAAAUUACAUGUUCAGAACAUUAACUUACUAAAGAUGAAUAUAUGUUAUCCUCCAAAUAUUCCCUACUCCCAAAUAAAGCCAGAAAAAAAAUAUUACUUGAACGAAGAAAUUAUUGAGAUUGAUUGUGAGGAUGGAUACAAAAUUACAGGAGCAAAUAACCAGUUACGCUGUGAAAAUGGUUUAUUUUCACCGAAAGUAUAUUGCAUUGCUAUAAGAGAAAUUGAAAGGCAAAAGAGCUCUAUAAGCCGGCACUUCAAUAAGAUCCUUAAUUUAUUAAUUAACUCGAUUACGGGAAAUGGUGAAUGGAUUAACGUUGGCAUAGAAAAGAUUAAUGAGUCCAAGGACCAGAAGAGAAAGGAAUCCCCAGAUGCCUUAAUUGAUGAAAAUGAAGUCAAAACUGGUGAAAAAGAAAAAAAAUCAACUGACGAUGAUAGUAGUAUAACCUCUUCCAUUGAUACUAAUACUACUACUACUACCACUACUGCUAUUACUACUAAUACUAAUCAGAAUAAAGAAAAUAUUGGCAAAGAGAAAACAAAUAGCAAGGACAAAGAAAAGAGUAAAAAAGGUAAAGACAAGAAUAAAAAAUCUACUGAAAAUGAAAAUAACGAACCUAAAGAUUUUAAAAGUAAAGAGUUGGAUGGAGCGGAUAAAAAUGAUUCAGAAUUAUCGGAAGAAUCAUCAGAAUCUAAUCUAAAAUUAGGGAAGAAUAUUCUGUUGGAUAGAGUUACAGGAACUCCAAUUUUGGUACAAAAUAACUGA